AUGCUUCCAGCUAUCAACGGCACAGAUUCACCAUACUCGACCUAUCAAUUGACGAAAGCUCCCGGCCGGGGGCAGUUCCACGCUGUGACAGUGACUCCGUUUGUCAUGAAUCUGCGGCAACCACCGGCCAAUGUUGCUGUCCAGAUAGUGCUGUGGAACUCUGACCAUUACCUUAAACCAAGUGUGCUAGAUGCAUUCCCCAUCGUUCUCAUUGCUCGCAUGGAAUGGGAAUCGAUGUUGGCGGAUGCUGUUGAAGAGGAGAUCGGUGAUAUCUUCCCUUUCAGGAGCCCGGCCGAUGAAAGCUAUCAAUUCUACACAGAUCCGCAUAAUCGAGACUCAUGCGGGCUGGUGCGUUAUGAUAUGGGGAGAUCCGAGCAUUUGAACUAUACACGUCUUCUCAACUGGCUUAACGAGAAUGAGCCAGCGCUUGACGUUACGGACUUGGUUUAG